AUGCUUGGUUCAAAUCUUGGAAAGAAAGUGACAGCAGACGUUGUUCAAGACCAAUAUAAUCAAUUUCUCAAACAAAAAACUGAAGGUAAAAAGAAGACGCUGAGCGCCGAAGAGCGAAAAUUGGCAAAACGCGAAGAGAUGAGAAGACGCGGGAUAUUUGUGAAAGCUGAUGACAAAGAUGAUUCACCAACGAUCAUUGAAAAAUCCGAAGGCGACCAAUCAUUUCUAGUGUACAAACUUCCAGCGAAACCGGGUCGCUGGAAAUCCGCCAGGCGAAGCGAGGCAUCGAAGAAUAAGAACAAACGGAAGAAGGAUAAACGAAAAAAAGAAGCGAAAGGUCCAACGAAAAGCGAGCAAUCGAUGAAAGUGUUGAAGGAUAAGUCGAAGAAAACGACGACGAGCUCAUCGGCGGCGACUCGCACGAUUCCAAGUAGAUCAACGCCGACGACGACAUUCACUGUUCCACAGGCAACUGACACCAGCUCGCGCGAUGCUAGCGUCAAAUCGGAGAAGGCGAAAAAGCAAGCAUCGUCGGCGGAAAAAAUUGAGGCGGUGCCGGAAUCCGCCGGCUCGGCCGAAUCGACACCAUCGGGCGGACAAUCGAUCGCGACAAGCGGCGAAUCGAUUGACACGUCACACAGGGAAACGCGAGCGGCGAAACGCGACAAAAACGCUGAAACACCGCCGAGAGACAAGAAAAUCGAGGCGGUUGCGAAUAGUGGCGAAGUGGUGGCGGAAACGCCGCCGCGAGAUUCGGGAAUGAGCAACAAGAAGAAGAAGAAGCACGAAUCGCCGACAGUUGCCGAUCCACUGAGAGCCAUCGAAUCGGAGCAACCAAUGUCUUCUGGAGGGUCAAGUGCUGCUUCAGACAAGUCAAUCGCAAAGGCGCUAACAAUCGAAAAACAACCGGACGCUUUCGACAAGCUUGACGAUGACGAAUUCGAAGCGGCCACCGCCAACGCAAUAUCGGCAACCAGCGAGGCCGACGAGAAGCAAAUUCUUCUGCUCGCGCCGAAACUCUUGAAGGUCGCCAAAAAGAACGGCUCGCUCGAAAAAUGUUUGACGCAAGAGCAAAACGACGCGCUCGCGCAAUUCUUCUCCGGCAAAAAACCGUUGAACUCGGAAGUGUUGGCGAUUCUCGACACGGCUCUCGACCGAAUCAUCGAUCAUAUGCAAAAGAACAAUUGCGAGGUGGACGCUGAGACGAAAAAUUUGAUGAUGCAACGCGGAAAGUUGAAAGCGGCAAUGAUGAACGAGUUUCUAGUGUCGCCGCAAUAUCUUCCGCAAACGUGGACUGCCAAAUUCAAUAAAUGGAAAGAAGAAGCCGAAAAACAGAAGAGCGGAAUCAACGUUUUUCGAGUUUUGUUUGCUUAUCCAAAGCAUAAAUCAUUUGACGAUGGCCCAGAAGACAAUUAUGGAAAUUUCAAAAGAAAACCGCGAAGCCUUUGGAUGGGCUUAUUACUGGGUCCGAGCGAUUCGAAAUCGUUUGAAGAAACGAAACGCGAAGAAAUUUGUUCGGGAUUGUUUUUGGAUACUAAAUUGAUCGAAGGAGCACAGAAGGAGCCGGAGAGUAUAAAACGAGAAUUAUCCUCACCUCAAACACUUUUCUCGCUGGAAUUUGAUGGAGACGCUGAAGGUGGUGAAUUGAAGAAAGAUGACGUCGGAGAAUUGAAGCCGGAAUCUGGAUGGCGUUUCGACGGACUUCGAAUCACUCCGCGCACGUUUGUCAUCUGA